AUGUUCUUUUUCUUGACUGGCGAAUGGCCGGCGUACGCGUUUGGCUCGCUCACUUCUGUAGACUUCCCACCCUCCUUCCCCGCGCCCGCGUUGAUAAGCCCGCGCCGAGUGCUGCGUCUAUACAUUAAAGUGAAUGCUGUACACCCUGGUUAUGUCGAUACAGACAUGUCGUCCCACAAAGGCAAGAUGACAAUUGAUGAAGGUGCAGCUGCGCCACUUUAUGUCGCACUGGAUGCCCCUGAUUCUGUACGAGGUCAAUAUGUGUGGUAUGACAAGAGGAUUGUCAAUUGGGAUGGGCAGAGGCCAAAAGAAGAGUAUUAG